CUCACGAAAAAAAAAAAAAACCCAGCAAAAGGAAAAAAAAGUCCAAGAAAAAGAGAGAAAAUUCCUCCCUCUCUUGUCUUCCCUUGCAGAAAAAGAAAACCCUAAUUCCAUUUCCUAAAAAUCCCUAAUUUCCCACCCGUUUUUUCCUUUCAUUUUCAUUCUACAUUUUUUUCCUCCAAAAGAAAACUUUUUUUAAAAAUUUUUUUAAGGUCUUUUAAGGUCUAGGAUUAUUCAAGAAUCUAUUUUUUUUGGAGUAAUUGUGGAAGACAUGGAUAUUCCUCAAGAAGUUGAUAAUUACAUUAAAGAAACAAUUGAAGAUUCCUUAGGUCUUGAAAUCUCAACUCAAUCUUUGCAACUAAAGCUCCGCUCCACCGAAGAAGCCCAGCGUCGACUCCGUGACCAGUGCUUAUUCCUUCUCUCAAAAUUGAAGGAGAAAGAUCAAAUCAUCGAGCGCUCAAAGGCGGAAGCGAAUAUGAAUGCGGCGGCGUUGAAGAGAUUCGUGGAGGAGAAUCAGAAGCUUGCGGCGGAGUGUGCGAAUCUGUUGACUCAGUGUAACAAAUGGGAAAGAGAGUGUUCGCUCUAUGAUCGUGAUAGGGAAGCGUUGAUGGAUUUUGGGAAUGAAGCUGAUGAGAGGGCAAAGAAAGCUGAGAUUAGGGCUCAUGAAUUGGAAGAAGAAUUGAGGAAAUUAACUGAAGAAUUAAGGUUCUACAAGCACCAUUAUGAGAACCAAGGGAUUGAUUCAUCUUCUGAGGGCACUGCUUUGGAAGAGAAUUUGCUUGAGUCGGUUCUAUCAACGUUGAUUUCUAAAGAUGAAGUUAUGUGUGGACGAGCAUUCUUGGAGGCAAAUAAUUCACUUGAACCAUGUCAAAAGAUGCUUAAAAUGUGGAAUAGGUUGAGGCCUUCAACUCGAAAAAUUUUGUCACUGGCUGCGGAAGUAAAGACCCUUGAGAAAGACAAAGAACAUCUCAGAAUGAACCUUUGUAAAGCUGAAGAUGAGGUCAAAGUUCUGUUUGAAGAAAACAACAUAUUGGAUGAAGCGAACAAAAGAUUAUUGAGGCAAUACCACAAAGAAAAGAACCUCCAUGGUUCUGAUGGGAAGCAUUCUGGUAGUGCAUCUACGAAGACAAACAAGCGAAAAUCAAGUCCCAAGAUAUGCAGUCCAAUUGAGAAGAAGAUUGAUUUCACUGAUCCGGAUUCAGCAAGGAAGCCUCUCUCACCCUUGCGGCAUAACUCCCCUGACUUAAGAAUGCACAAGUGAAUACUUAAAAUCUCGUGCAUGAUAGGAUCUAAUCUCUUUGCAACAAUGAUGAUGUAGAAGUAGAUUUACAUAUAGCUUUUCUGAAGCUGAGAUGUUUGUAGUUGUGAGAGAUAGCUCCCAAGCACCGGAAGGAAAUCCCUCCUUCCCCUUUUUUUUAUUAAAGGUGUAAGUAACUCUUUCAUCUUCUGCUUUUCUUUAGUCCUGACUAAUCUGAUAUCAUAGAAUGGAUAAUAGCUCAAGUAGUGCUGUAGAGAGAAAUUUUAGCAAUUCUAAAAUUGAUUGUUAGAUGCA